AUGUCGACUCGUCGAGGUGUUGGACUCGGAGCCUUUGCGAAUCGUACGCAAACAAGUCAAUCCUAUGCCAACCAUGGCGCCAAUCUUCGCUCUGCGCACCUUGAGUCCCUCCAAACACAACUGUCCGUAUUCCAGUCGUUGCUUCACACCUUCGCACUAGAACAUGGUUCAACAAUAAAGUCGAAUCCGACAUUUCGAGCUGAAUUUGCUCGCAUGUGCAAUGCUAUCGGAGUGGAUCCUCUUGCAGCAAGUAAUGUGAAAGGGAAAAAUGGCCGGAGAGGAGAAAGUGCUAGCUUCUGGACGCAGAUUAUGGGCGGUGAUAUGAAUGACUUCUAUUUUGAGGUUGCUGUCCGAGUUGUGGAGCUCUGCAGAUCCACAAGGAGCGAUAAUGGAGGCUUACUAGGUGUUGAGGAGUGUCGAAAAAAGGUUGGCAAAGGCAAAGCCAUUGGGAGCGGCUUGGAGGUCACUGAUGAUGAUGUUCUCCGCGCUGUGAAAUCCCUUGGGCCUCUUGGGUCUGGUUUCUCCAUUGUGCAAGUCGGGAGCAAGCAAUACAUUCGCUCGAUCCCCAAAGAGUUGAACACCGAUCAGGCCACAGUCCUCGAGGCAAUUCAAAUACUGGGCUAUGUCAGCUUGUCCAUGUUGCAGUUGAACCUGAACUGGACAAAGGCCCGCGCACAAACUGUCAUUGAUGACCUUGUUGCAGACGGCCUAGUUUGGGUGGACACACAGGGCGAAGAGAAUGAAUACUGGUCGCCCCAAAAUCUCCUUGAUGACAGCGGAUGA